UACAGCUUACUAGUCACGCUAGCUCCAGCUGUUUUAGACGAAGGUGUGCAAUCGAAGUAUGUGACAGUAAAAAGUAAACACAAGGAUGAAAUACGAUUACAAAUACUUUUAUUCUGUGAAUUUGUAGACUUCAGAUGGAUAAACUCGAAGAGCUUCUUCCUGGAAUAGAAGAAUUUCUGUGUCAAGAUUUGGCUCGAGAAAAGUUGUCAGAGGAGACAGAAAACAAACGUCUGUAUUAUCUGGAGAGACUCGAUAUUCUAAAAUUACCACCUAGUGUCCCGCCUCGAUUAAAAGUACCUGACUUUGGAGCCCCCUUUUCUCCUUCCCCCAUCAAAGCUGCCGGUGACCCAAAGUCCCCAACACUAAGUCACGACCACUUUUUGUUUGAAUCGCAGGAGAAUGAUUUCGCUGCACAUCAGAGAGAAAUUUCACGAUCGUUUAUCGCCCCAGAGGAACUGGAGGCCAUCGAGGGAAAGGAGGUGAAAGUUUACGAUGAUAUCGAUCUCAAUCACCAGGACGGAGAAAUACAGCAGGAACACAAUGAAUCCAAAAAUAGCGAUGAGACAGACUUAUAUGAGAUACCUGUCCCUAAUCUCGCCCAAUCAGCUGAUCAGUCGGGGGGAUACGAGGAGACAAAAUCCCCCACCAAAGAUGACUACGCCACCACCACCAGUAUCCAGGGGGAUCAGUCCCCAGAGGUGAUACCUCCACCCCUACCCCCGCGAAGAGAAAACUCUGAGCCCCCUUUGCAGAGAGACAGGUCCAUUACCAAAAAUACAUUUCCCGCUAGGCCAGAACCUCCUGAACGCCAGUCCUCCAUUAAAGGGGAUAAACCCCCUGACCUCCCGGCCCGCCCCAGCCUCCCAACCAUUUAUAAUGCCGCUGAGAGAAGGGAUGAAAGAUCUGAGGGAAGUGUGGAUCUGACAGAUGAUGCUGAGUUGACUUCUUACGAAUCUUGUGAUGAGGAUGAACUAGAAAGCAAAAUGAACAUAAAACUCCCAAAGCCAAUGAAGAAGAAGAAGCCAUCUAAACCCAAAAUCAGCCGUUCCUCCAAAGAGUGGGACGUGACCCUUCCAUACAAACGUUUGGAAGAUGUGACUCUGUCAGGAGAGCUCCUGUACAAAGGGAAGUUAUCCUGGACGAGGAAGCUGGCCGCACUGACAGAUGGCAGGAUGGUGUGUUACAAGCCAGAGAAGAGCGAGUCCAAGCCCGCUCUGGUCAUCCAACUGACUGGGUACGAGGCCUCCUAUCUGGAGAAGGAAAACAAGAGAGGGUUCGAUGUCCGUCUGCUUCACCCCAGUCUGGAAACUCACAUGUUCUCCGUGGAUUUCAAGGACUGGGCACAAUUGUGGGUAGAGUUUAUGAAUGCCAUGAGUAAGGGAAAACCUCCUCCAGGGCAGCACCAACACUUAGCUAGAAGUUCAACCUUUAAUGGUGUCGAAAAUGGUAGAGAGUAUGGCAACAAGCCAGAUUUCCGGAAAUCCAUUUCUAAUAUAUCCACGGAAAGCAGCAAUUCUGAAACCGAAUACUCUUCAAUGAAAAGGAAAAGUCGCAGUCUCUUUCAGUUAUUUGUGACCGGAGAGGAAGAGGAUCGACACCGAGUAAGUAGGAUGGGUUCCAUAGCUUCUAGAGCAAGCUCCUUCUUCGAAUCUAUCGGCAAAAACAAGGGCAAGAAAAUGGCUGCCACUUUGCCAAACAGUAGUAGCCUUGGCAACCUGGUAGAAACAGGAAGUGAAAACAACAGCCAACUUGACCUCAUUCCCAAAGAUACCAUUGCCUCUUCAGCAAGCUUUAAUAAAAAUACCUGUAAUUCUAUAGAAGAUUUGGUCUGUGAUAGGAAAAUAGUUUAUAAAGGUUACCUGAAUAUCUACAGUAGUUUCAACAAGAGGAAGUGGGGUAAGCGAUGGUGUAUGGUGCGAGGCAAUGUGUUUGAGUGUUAUAGGAACGAGUCCAGCACUGUGUGUGAGCUAGAAAUCCCACUGUACCCCUGUGUUCUGAAGCAAGCUGUGGAGGAGACUAAGAGUGAACUAGGGCUGAUGAUCUCACAAAAUGGCAGAGAAAAAAUCACAGUAGAGCCUUUAAAUAGAGAAGAUAUGGCAUGCUGGCUGCGUGUGUUCAUGAACCAGACAUCGACGGAAUGUCUUCCUGCCGGACUCAAGGAAUUCUGGGUAGAUGAUGAAUCUCCUUACCAUGACAUCCAGUCAGACAAUCUCAGCAGUCCUCUGUCAGACGUGUUCCCUUAUGACACAGUAGAUGAGAAGACCAUUCUGGCACAUGCUGAUACCACGACCUCUGACCCUGAUGACUCAGUGAUGGAGAUCUCUGUGAUGUCACAACAGUCCCAGGCAGCAGACGACACCGCUAACGAUAGUGCUAUAUCUAAUCCACGAGUCCCAGGGGAACUAACUGGGGAACUCUAUACACAAGUGCAAAGAACUGCCAAUGGAUAUUUAGAAUCUAGAACUUUUAACAGUCUAGAUGAAGAAUUCUUUAGUUCUACAAUAGUGAAAACCAAUAGUUCUGGAAAAUCCUCUGCUACAAUGUCUAGGAUUACCAAGUCUUCAACCAAUGGAUCUGUUAUGACCAAGACAUUUUCACAUUCCUUCAGUACAGGGUUUCUGGGAGCCAAUGAUAGCAGUUUGUUUGAUGAGAUUUGGUCUAAACUUCAUGAAAAUCAAAGAGACAGGCAUAAUUUAGAGGAAGACAGUGAUGAAAGGACCCCCACGGACACUGCCUAUAACAGUGCUGCGGGGUCAGAAAAUAGUUCGCUGGAACGUAAAAAUAAGUUUGAGACAGAUUCUUCAAGUCAGUCAUCCACAUUAAAAGACUUAAGAUCUUCCAAUGAGGAGUUGGAUAUACAGCCUAUUCAUGACAACAUGGAACAUCAAAUCUCAGUGGAAAAUAUCAAGACUGUUGAACUGGAACAAAGUAUGAAUGUGCAUAACACUCUGAGUGGCUUGGACAAAGAUCCUAGUUUACCCCAUGUUAUCAUCCCUAGUGUUAGUGGUACUCUGACAACUAUCACACACUCCAAGUCUAACAGGGACCAGUGUGAUUCCGCCAUCUUCGAAUCGGAUUCUAUCAUGGAUGACUUGUCUUGUGCUAGUCCUGAUGCACUGAAGCGCAAAAUUGAGCAACUACGUACUCAUUUAGUGGAACUUAAACAGCGCAGAAUCUGCCUCAGAGACCGUAAGUUGUGCUGUGAACCCAGUCUGCAGAAACAACUAGAGCAAGAGUAUUCACACUUAGAUGAGGAAUGCCGGACUGUGACAGAGGAAAUUCAGGCCCUAGAGGGAAAAUUAGAACCUUAAAAAUCAUUUUCUUAUUUUUUCUCCUGCAAACAUUCCUAAAAUCAUUUACUUACUUUAAAUUGAUUCAAUAUUUUGUAGGAAGUUGAAUGAUUGUUUCUUUUCUUUCAAAUUACAUGUAAAUGCAUGUACAUUACUUUAUUAAUUCAAAAUGUAAAAAAGAAAAAAAAACAUUUUGGGUAAUAUGAUCAAAAAUAUCAGCCUAAUACAUAUCAAGUCAGUUUUUGUUAACAUGAUGCAGGAUCAGUUGUUUGUCAUGAUGAAAUUUUAUUUUAAAAAUUCAGAAUGACAGACCUAUACAAUUUGUUAAAUGGGUCAUUUAAUUUUGUAACAAUUUAGAAAAUGGUUCUAUUUAAUUUUCUCUUCUCUACAACUCUGUGAUAUUUUAUAACAUUGAUAUUUUCUGUGACAUUGGACACUGACAUUUGUGCUAUUAAUGAUUUACUAUUGAUAUUGACUUUCAUGUGAUGAAUUUCACAAGGCCAAAGUUAUAUUUUUUUAUUGAAAGGAAAACUUUUUCUUCAGAUAUUAAUCUGCAUUUUCAAUUUAUAUAUACAUGUGUAUUGAUCUUUUGUACAGUAUGCAAUAUUUUGAAUAUCAAUGGUUGUGAAAUAUUUGUGAAAUUUAAACAACAAAAUGUACAGCAUUAAUUAUGGCCAAAAAUAUAUUUUUUCACAAAUGUUUUCCUCACGGAAAAAUAUUUUUAUGGUUAUUUCAUUAGUUGUGCUUUCAGAAGUGUGCUAUCAUUUUAGUUCAGGAACAGAAAUUAUUUUCAUGCACUGCAUGUAGAUUCAUCAUAUAAAGGGAUAUAAACAAGAGACAUAACUGGAGCAGUAAAAGAAGAUGGAAAAUUGAACCAUUGAAGCAAUGUUCAACUCUGAUGUAUAAUUUUGUCAGAGGAAAAAAUGUCAAUUGUAUGAAUAUUUUGUUUAAUAUCCAGUACAUGCAAUAUUUAAGGUUGGGCUUGUUUAAUAACCUUUUUAUGAUUGAAUUAAAGAAUACAUAUCUUCAGGAUUUGUUUGACUAAAACAGAGACACUAAGUUAAAUAACUCUUUGAUAAUCAGAAGUUCAUUGUAUCCAAUUAAACAUAAUUACAUAUCCUUCAACCAUUUUCAAAGUAUAGUUUGAAUAGAUUUUUUUUGGUUUCAGUUAAACCAUAGAUGCAAUUUGUUGCAGUGCUUCCCAGAAACUAGCAUUUUCUGUUUGCAGGUUGUGUUCUGUAAACUCAGAUCUGUAGGAUUUUGUCAUAAUUAAGAGAUCUUGAGAUUGAAUGAUUCCGAAAGUCCUGUACAAGACAGCAAAUAUUUUAAAAACAUACAUACCAUUUUCCUUUUAAUUAUAAAUACAUGUACUGGUACGUAUUUUUUUACAUGGUUCAAAUUCUAUGGAAUGUACUGAUACAUAUUUUUUUACAUGGUUCAAAUUCUAUGGAAAAUGCUUAGAAAAUUUACUUUAUCAACCAUAGAUGUAUGUACCGGUAUAUUAUUUUACAUUAUACAUUAAAAAUGUAAGAAAUUUCGUCUUUGUCCAAAUAGGGUUCAAAGAAUGAUUGAUUUUGCAUGUAUUCAAAAAAAUCAUUCAAAAUUAGGGAUCGGUCUUUAAAUCAAGUGCCCUAAAACUGUUUCUAUUUUAAUUGUUUA